CUCAUAAACAACAUGCAACCUACUGUAAAAGUGCACCGACCCUUGACCCCGUUUUCGCGGCCGUGUUCGACUGUUAGUCUACAGUUAGGUCGCAAUCCUGGGCAAAUCGAGCCCCACUUUCCACCUGCUGCCCUGGUCGGCCCUGUCCCAAGCAACUGGAAAUCCCAGCCCCUCCCCCCGAGCACUACCUUCCACAAUCUGGCAUUCCGUUCAAUUUUACAUUGCAGCUUUCCCAAAAGUUCACGAGUCCGUUGUUGUUUUCGUUUGCAUGGUUCAAUCAGCAAGUCUUAAACCAAGGUUAUCCGUCCCACGGUCUACUGUGUAGUUGUUGGCCCCCACUAGCAUCGGCGGAUCGUACAUACCUUAGUCCCCGCACCAGCGUCGCUGCGUCUCUGAGGACGAUGAGAUGAAUCAACUAUCCUAGAACGCCGGCGCUGUACAGAGCAAGUAUGGUUGAAAAGGACGACAUUGAAUCGCUCUUGAGGACGGGGUCUUGGAGGACCUCACGCUCGAGGAGCCCCAACUCUUACGACUCGCAACGCCGACCAUACGAGCCACCCAAGGAAAGGGUCGGUCUUCCUCGCACAGCACAGCUGGCGUAUCGCGGCAAAAGGCCGCCGCCCCCGUCCGUCGAAGACGAGGAGGAAUCGCUAGCGAAAGAGCACGUCGGGUCCAUUGUGUCAGUCGCCACAACUGACGAGGAAGCCAAAAACCGCGGCGAAAUAGAUCAGCAGCCUCUAAUCUUGCCCGUACACGAGCAUAACCCUGAGCGCAGAUUUGUGAUUGUCCCCGGUGCGGCUGCCGAGGACGUCUCCAAAACCAACGAGGCUCGGUAUGAAGCCAAUACCUGCCGAAAAUAUGUGCUUGUAAACCCGGAGAGAAGCGCGGAGGAUGUUGAAGAUGGCAAGGGGCAAGAUACAAGUGGUGAUUCACCGGAGCUGAACCGCGACCCGUCAAAGGAGAGACGGGACCUCCCAAAGCGAAAAAGCCACCAGGAUCUGCCGCGUCUUACGACAGAGUUUGAGCAGCCUGAGCCAUCGAGCCGCCCCAGGUCGAACAGUCGACGCGAGCGGGAGAGGCCUCUUGUACACCAAGAUUCGCGAGAUUACCCCACACCGCGCGGGGGAUCCAGCGCAAGGCCGCCAGAUAGCGCCUUCCUUUCGCCCGCCGCUGUCACGCAGACUGCCAAGAGGCGUGACCGAUCGUACUCGGACGCCAGGUCAGAGAGCGGUAGAAGAUCGGCACGCAGCUCCUCGACAAGGAGAGAUAUCGAAAUCGAAGAGUCCGACAGACGGCGACCGCCUCAGUCGUCCAAGUACCCGGCAAGCCCCUCCCUCCACCGGCGCGCCUCAUCCACCAACGCGCCCAUCCGUGAUGAUCAGCCCCGCGAGAGGCCCAGAGAUGGUCCGCCUCGUGACAGGCCGAAAUCCUUUAUCCAGCCUUAUGGUGGUGACCCCAACGAAGCUUUGACUUUCAUGGCGUUGGGCGAUGACUUCAAAACGGGAAGACCGAGCAGAGAUCUCUCACCACCGAGAAAGACGCCGAAUACCAACUCUCCGGCCCAUCCCCGAGGCGCGAGGGAAAUGCCCGGUGUGUCACCAAACCGCAAACGACAGCCGCGGUCCACAUACCGGGAGCCGGACGGAUAUUCGAGCGAAGACAGCUACAAGGAGCGGGCUUCCGAUCGUGCGGAACGCUCGUACCCCGUGCGAUCUACGCUGGAACCGGAUUAUCCAUCUCUACCUCCGGACGCAGCCCGGCGCACGAACCCGAUGCUCGCAGCUGCAGCGCCGUAUCUAGUUAACCUUGCUCGACCAGCUCAAAUUGACGACGAGUUAUCGCAACCGAGCCCGCGCGCAGCGACGUUCCCCACGGAUAAGAGCAGAAGCGUCGGAGAGCGCUCCAUGUCACCAUCCCCCCCAACUAGCACAUCUCCGGACCGGCGGUCCGCUCGGAGUUACAGACCGGUGCAAUCAGACCUUUACGCUCGGGAGGAAAGCAUUGGCUCAGUCUCUAACGGAUCAGCUUCACAGCCCUCUUCAUUGCCAGGCUCGAUUAGCCGAGCUGGCACUCUGGAGAGGCCACCUGCAGGGGCGGUAGCGACUCUUGUGCAGCAGGAGUCUUCCGAGGCACAAUCCCCGGGACUUUACUGGCGAACAAAUCGGCCUGGUGAACAGGACAUCGCAGAAGACGGCUCGGCAAAGCGCGCACUCGCCCGACUCCCGAGCUGUCUAUGGAAAUAUCCCCAGGUCCGGGACAGAGCUGGCAGCGUCCAGUUCCUUACAUUGAAGCAGGCCGAGAAUUUCACCAUAUGCCCCGACUGCUACGGAGCCGUAUUUGCGAACUCCGAGUUCAGGCGUCUGUUCGUGCCGGCGCCCAUCCGCUCCGCGGGCCAGGUCGUCUCGUGCGACUUUGGCUCUUCACCUUGGUACCGCAUCGCCUACAUCUUGACGCGGAAAUAUGGGUAUCCGGAUUUGCGUCUGCUGCAAGGGAUAGCGUCUGUCGCAGCACGGUCGCAGGUCUGCGCCGGCAGCCAGCUUGCAUCGCGUAUCUGGUACAGCAUGAUGGCGCCAAACUCAAGGCGGCCUAUCCAGACCUUCAAUGUAUGCCUCGGCUGCGCCAGGAUGGUCGAGGUUCUCCUGCCCAACCUGGCAGGCGUAUUUGUGCCUCUGGACUCUCAUGAGCCGACAAGAGGCGUCUGCGAGCUCCAUUUCUCGCCUGAGCGCAAACGUUUCUUCGAUUAUUUCGAAGAGAUGAGAAGCACCUCCGAACUUGCCCUCAGCCGCAGGACAGCACCCGAUCUUGUCGAGCUAGUCGAUCGUAUUCGGGAGAUCUCAAUCCACGAGGAAUGCCUGCGUAACACACCCAUCCCGAACCGCAAGUGGCACGUCCUCGAGCAGGUACCCGAAUUCACCGUCUGCGAGGAGUGCUUUAACGACGUUGUCUGGCCGAUGAUCGAGGACAAAGACAACACCAGCCAGAUACCGCCGAAUUUCUACAAGUACAAGCAACCGAAACCGGUUGCGGCGUGCCAGUUGUACAGCGACCGCAUGCGCCAGGUGUUCCUCGAGGCGUGUAAACAUGAUGACUUUGAGUUCCUCGCCUCCUGCGUGCUGCAUAGGCUGCGGGUCCUCGCCGAGGUCAAGGCGAACUACAACCAACUGCAGCGGGAAGACCAGGAUGACCCGCAGGUGCAGGAGGAACUUGCAGCUCUGGCUAGGCAGUUCAAGGAGGUUGAGUAGAUUUCUGGGCGGAUAGGAAAUAGGAGAGGCACUAAGGAUCACAUAAGGGCGCAUCGCAAACAGGGAGUUGUCAAGGGGUCAUGAAGAAUCAGCGGUUACCCUAUGUUAUGAUACCACAUGUUAGAGUAGUGAAACUACUUCAGCGUAGUACGAUACAACGAGAGGAAGGGGGAACGAUGAAUGAGAAUGAGCAUAUUUUGCAUCCGGUUAAUAUCCAGCCAGGCAUACAUUGGAGGUCAUGGAUUGCGACCAAGCCAGGGCGAUUCACGAAUUAGGCCAUGGAGAUUUGCAAAUUGAUUUACCUUCCCUAGUCUUUCAUGUUGGAUCGUAAGAGAAGAGGUUUGAGGAAGACAUCAUGAAGUGAGUUGCUGCCGGCUGCCACGAUGGGAAGACGGGCAGCUGGCAAGUAACCAGGGCUGCUUGCCAGUUUCGGACUAGCGCAGAUUAGGGUGCGGGAGUAGCCCCACAACCACACUUCCCAGAACACUGCGAAAA